GCUGAUUUCUUUAUGGCAUGGUUCUGUUAAACAUCACAGUAUGCUGUUACUAAUUACAUAAAAGAAGCGUCCAAAUGGUUGCUGUUUUAUGAUUGGCCAAUUCUUGACAAGAAACUUGAGCCAUGAGCAAACAUACAUGUUAAUUGUUGGUCCUGAAUCUGUUGCUGAAGGAACUGUUAUGAUUCCUGUAAAUUUCUAACGAUUUUAGACGACAAAAAUGCAUGCAGAACUCGUGGUUGCCUUCGUUUYUCUUUCACUAAUAUCAGCAGUAUCAUCCCUGGACUGUUACGUGUGUGGUAGCACUGAAUCCUGGUCUAUGUGCAUGAAGAAUAGAUUCGUUGAAACAUGUAAGCCAUGGGARGACCGUUGUUAUAAAGCAUCAGUAGACACAACCUACGAGGGCAAAAAACUCACCCGUUUUACACGUGGGUGCACAUCAGCCAAGCUCUGCUACGACAAAUCUAUGCCUGAYUGCAGGGCAGGCAUAAACAAAGAUUACUCUUUACCUUGUAAUGUCUUCUGUUGUGCUGGACGGAUCUGUAAUACUGGAGCUCUUCCUGUAGUCAGCGGUAUCGUUAUCGUGACAUGCGCUCUACUUGGUCUCCUGCUUUUCUAGAAAACGUCAGACGCUGAUUGKCUUAAAUAAUAAUGAGAUGUAAAAAUUGUUAGGAAAUUUUGCACUUUUAACACCACUUCAAUGGAGUUACCCGGUGAAACGUUUAGCUUAMACUUAAUGCUGUACAAGGACACAAGUGUAAAAAGUUUGCUCGUGGUCUACAUUUGGAUGCAAACUAUAUUCUUGGCAUUUACAGCAACAAUACUUGUAAUUACAAUCACAAUAUAAUCCGCUCUGAUAUGUAUGUUCCCAUCCAGUGUCUAAUGGACCCUAGAAUGCGAAGCUGACAUGAUAAUAUGAAAAGAGCCGGAUUACAAUUCUCCUCGAUGGAAUUUGCGGGGUUUUUUUCCUUUUUUCUUUUCUUUUCUUUUUUUCCUUUUUAUUUGUAUUUUCUAUGUUAGCCUCGUAUCCACGAUACAGGUGGUCUCGUUUUGACAGCCCAUCAAAAACCAGCCAAUCAUCGCGCAGGAAGAAAUCUGAUCAGGCGGUCUAUCGAAAAAAGUAUUCUAUCUAUUCUGUAACGAACACCUGGUUCAAAUGGUGCGUAGUGGUUUCAAUUGUUUUAUGAAAUUAUCGUGAAAUGAUAGCUGCUUGUUCACCGAUAAACAACUGAAACUUAGGACCGCCUGGUCAACUACAACAAUGCUCUGCUCACGUUCCCUGAGAUCACCUGGUUUGAGAAGGGUCCAUAACAUAAAACAUUCAGCCAAUCAGAACGCAGUAAAGCCUUUGUAUAUUCAUCAUUCUAUUCUUUCUUUCCAACAUGCGCUGAAGUUUUCUAUGGUAUAGCAUGUCGGUUUUCUCGUACACCAUGCCAUUUUCAAUCGUAUUUCUUGCAUAAAGCUAUUUCAUAAAAAAGUUUGAUGAAAGUAGCUUGUUUCAUCUUACUCGGGAUUAUGGGCGAACAAAGUAAUCAGCUAAAGGCCACAACGAUAUGAAAUUUUCCUACGCUUUAUCUGCACGUUUUUUCAAGCAUAAUUUCUUCCGUACUACGACAUAUAAAUAUAAUACCCAUUCCAAGCUUAGCACAGGUAGCCCUUAGUUUCUGUGGUGUCAUGGCAUAAGAAAAUGUAUGGCGAUACUUAAGAAAAACUCAAUAAGAUCGUCAAAAUGUGAAAUAAAGUAAAAAAAUCUUAGCUGUCCCUUAAAA